AUCACAUGACUGACUCCAAUUGCGAAAGUUCUUCCUCUUUGAUCGCUGCACGAUUUAUAUUCUCGACACAAAGUCUCAUUUUCGCAUCAGAAUGUACCAGGUAUUGAUAUUUGUGGCUUGCUUGGCCGUUGGCUUUGGAGCAAACAAUACCAAUAUGAGUAUAACUAUCAAUAAACCCUCACCCUCACCAACAGCCACUGUUUCAAUGAUGGGUCAAUCCAGCAUGACAGUAGCUAUAAAUACAACAUUGUCAACUGUUUUUUCCAUGACCUCUGCAUUGUCAAUGUCUUCAUCCAUAACGUCACUUGCACCAUACUCUACAACAGCUCCAAGACCAUCUGUGACACCAACUUCUAAACCGCCUGUUCCCAAACCAACUCCCAAGCCUACAUAUGGUGACUAUAGUGUGAAGAAGAAUGAUAAGUACUGUCUUUUGGCAAAACUUGCUGUCUCAUUCAACGUUACCUAUUACCGAAACGAAACAGAGAAAGAAGGCAAUAAGACCAUUCAAAAGAAUGUCAAGGAUUUUGCUAUUGUUGGUAUGCCUUUUAAAGAUGUAUUAACUAAUGAAAGUAAAUGUGGCGACGACGACUCUACCCUUGUGGUAUCUUGGACUUUUUAUGUCUUCACAAUGAGUUUUAGAAAGAUCAAGGAUGAAAAUAAAGCUUCACCUGGCUGGGAGGUUACUGAAGUGUCUUUAGAUAUUUCUACUCAAAAUAAUUCACAUUUUCCAAAUGCUAAAGAUAAAUUACUGACAUUUAAGGCAAAUGGAGAUAAUAAGACACGUGUGCAUCAACUUUCUGGCAACUUAAAUGGCUCCUACCUGUGUGAUAUUGAAAAAGACUAUCCUUUUAAUGAGAAUGGAACAAUGAUUGUCAAGCAUGCUCAAUUACAGCCAUUUGAUGUGCAAAAUGACAAGAAACGCGAGGAAAUGUUUGGUGAAGCAAAUAAAUGUGAGGCUAAAGAUUCAAAAUCAUCGAAUGGCCCCUCCAACAUUGUACCUAUUGCCGUUGGCUGUGCUCUGGCAGGAUUAGUCCUGAUCGUCCUCAUAGCAUACAUCAUAGGACGACGCAAGAGUCAAAGAGGAUAUGAAAAAGUAUAAUCAGAAAACACUUUCCCAACCCAGGACCAAGACUUUGUUUGCAUUUUUUCAAUGAACAAUCUACAAUUUUCCAGUCCCUAUGAACAUUUUCAAGUUUCUACGCAUGGGAUACAUUGGAGAAGCCUUUUCUCACCACCUUUAAUGCUAUUCUCAAAGUCAUAUUAUCCUAUUAUUGAUUAUUGCUUUUGUAAUAAUUAUCUAUGUAGAUUCCUCUUUUCUUGUUAAAUUCGUAAUAUCUUAAGUAGGAGCACUCAGUAUUGGCACUGUUAGGCCCCGUCCACACGUGUCCGCAAAUUUUUGUGUCCGUAUCCGCAAAUUUUACGAAAACGGAUACGUGUGGACGGUGAAAACGAUUCGAAUACGCUGCGUGUGGACGCAAACAUUUUGGUAUCCGCAAAAAAUAAUUUGCGGAUACUAAAAUUUCCGGAUACGUGUGGACGGGGCCUUAGUCUCAUAAGCUUGUUAAACUAGACAAUGGCAUCGCUUUACUUGAUAAAAUUGGUUUGAUAUUCUUAUUACUAAGAAUUGGGCAUUAUCAAGGUUCUUUGUCUCUAGCCAUGAAUAGACCAAGACAAAAACUGAAUGUAGAGUAUGCCUGCCGGCAUGCAACAGCAUACAGGGCAUUUUGGCUUUCAAUUAUCAGGACUUUGUAAUAUUUGAUGUCAACAUCGCAGACAUGAAAACAAAUAGUUUAGAUGAAUUUCAA